AUGCAGCAGGACCAGCCGAUCGAGAUUGAGACAACUCGUCCGCUUGUUCCCGUUCUUUUUACGGUACCCAUACCCACUGGAACGACUCGAACGAGACUCGAGAAGAAACAACAGAUAGAUCAGGAACAGAACACUCUCUUUGGCACUGAGGAGUCGGCGCCUUCUCUCUCUGAUACAUCGUGCGCGGACGUUGGAAGGAUUAGCACAGGCCAAAGUUUCCCUUUUUCAUCAACCUCAAUAUCGGAUCCUGCCAGGCUCAAUCUCAACACUACCUUAGUACCUCAGGCUACCCCUGUCAGUCUGCUCCCGCGGCUUUCUCUUGUUCAAGGCAUCACCUCACUCGCAUCUCUCAUCGCCGUGAUCUUAUCGAGCCGCCCUCCCAGUGAGCCGCAGGCGACAGACGCAGAAGCAGGGCAAGCAGAGCAGUCAAAAACCAAGCAUAUCCAGCUCACCCCCAUUCCCUGUCGCCGCACCCAAGUCCACCACACGUCCACACCCCCUCAUCCUUGCCCCCUUCCCACACCCCCGUCCGUCCCCGUACCUCCCUCUCCCUCGUCGGCCGGGUCCCAGUCGAGUACGAACCAGCAGUACGAAGUACCAGCAGCGCCAAAAAACCAGAACGAGCACCAAAGACGCACCAGCCAGGUCCUGCUCCACGUCGGGGCCUGCCAUCCAUCCAUCCAUCCAUCCAUCUGGUGCCCUGCGCCAGUUCCCAGUUUCCUAGAUCUCGUCUUUUCGACUCUGCGAAACCUCAACCUCUGCUCAAUCGAGGCCGGCGACCCGUUCCAACGUCUCCCACGACUGCGCCCUCCCUCGAUUCCAGCGCACCAUACCGAACAAAGCCUUUUGGAUACACUUCGGCCGCAUAUCCUCCUCGAGGACGCUCUGCUGUCUUAG